AUGCAAGCAUCUGAUUCAUUCCGCUCUCGUCGACCUCCUUCACCUUCUGGAGCUCGCCAGACACUCACCACCGGUCUCCCCGCCGCCGUCCCUCGUUUUCCGCAGCCACGCUAUGUAGAAGAAGGAACCUAUCCCCCUCAGCAAAUGUCUGCAGACGAAAAGCUAGCCGCCGUCCGUCAAGACCACAACGCAAUGCCAGCGACUUUUGGUCGUCCGUCAGGCGCAGCAGGAUUGGGAGGUCGUCUAGGUGGUGGACUGGGCAGGAUAAGCUCAGGAGAAUGGAAGAUUCUCAUUGCCGUCUUGCUCGUCGCAUGCUCCAUUCGUCUCUUCCGCAUCAGCAAACCCAACAGCGUCGUAUUCGACGAGGUCCAUUUCGGAAAGUUUGCGGGGAAAUAUAUAAGGACGCGAUACUAUGUCGACGUUCAUCCUCCACUUGCAAAACUUUUGCUCACGCUCGCUGCAUGGAUCGGAGGAUUUACAGGAGAAUUUGAUUUCAAGGAAAUUGGCAUGGCCUAUCCAGACUCGGUCCCCUAUGUCCUCAUGCGAAUGGUCCCCGCCGUCCUCGGUGUUCUCCUCGUCCCCAUUACAUACCUCACUCUCCGUGCACUCGACUGUUCCGCAUCGACCUCGCUCCUCGGGAGCAUUCUCAUCAUUUUCGAAAACGGCCUCGUCACCCAAAGUCGACACAUCCUCCUCGACAGUCCUCUCCUCUUCUUUACCGGUCUCAGCGUCAUGUUCUGGGUCAUGUUCUGCAACGAGGACAAGCGACCGCAACACAAGGCACCCACCGUCCAUGGUGCAAAGGGCGUUGUCAUCUCGGGUCCGUUUUCCAGAAUCUGGUGGACAUAUCUCCUCCUUACUGGCCUUUCCCUUGGUGCCGUUGUCAGCUGCAAAUGGGUUGGACUGUUUACCAUUGCGACGAUUGGUGCCUCGACCAUUAAGCAGUUGUGGGCCUUGUUGGGCGAUCUCCACAUUCCUGCAUCUCUUUGGAUGAGACACUUUAUCGCCCGUGCCAUUUGCUUGAUCGCUGUCCCCUUGCUCUUCUACAUGGCCAUGUUCGAAAUCCACUUUUCCAUUCUCCGCAACUCUGGAGAUGGAGAUGCGUUUAUGAGCUCCGAGUUCCAGCACACCCUGCAAGGAAAGGAAAUGCAUGACACUUAUGCUGACGUUGCGAUCGGCUCGACCGUGACCAUUCGACAUGUCAACACGCAAGGUGGCUACCUUCACUCCCAUCCUCACAACUACCCGGGCGGCUCAAAGCAGCAACAAAUCACCCUUUACCCGCAUAUCGAUUCGAACAAUGACUGGCUGAUUGUUCCUGCUUUGGACCCGAGUCACUCGAACACCACGGACCCGAUGAAGACGUUGACAUACCUGAAGCCUGGCUCCGUUGUUCGCUUCAGACACAUCAAGACCGGCAAACACCUCCACAGUCACGAUGUCCGCCCGCCUGUCAGCGAAGUCGACUUUCAACAAGAAGUCUCUGGUUAUGGGUUUGAAGGCUUUGAGGGCGAUGCGAAUGACAAUUUUAUCAUCGAGCUUGAUGAGGAAGGUGGAGGGGAUGACGGUGGACGCAAGGGUAAUGGACGUGGGUGGGGUGGCGAUCGGGAAAGUGGCCGUCGCGUGAGGACAUUGAGGAGUAUCCUCAAGUUCCGUCAUCAGCUGACGGGCUGCUAUCUCUUCAGUCACAAGGUCAAAUUGCCGGAUUGGGCGUAUGAGCAACAAGAAGUCACCUGUAACAAGAAUGCUGUACGGAUGAAUAGCUUGUGGUACAUUGAGACCAAUGAAAACCCGCUGCUGCCUGUGGACGCCGAAAAGGUUAACUACAAACUACCUGGCUUCUUUGGCAAAUUCCUAGAACUCCAAAAAGUCAUGUGGCAGACCAAUGCCGGGUUGACCAGUCGACACGCGUACGACAGCCGACCUCAUCACUGGCCCUUCCUCCGACGUGGCAUCAACUUUUGGGUCCAGAACCACCGACACAUUUACCUCAUUGGAAAUCCCUUUACGUGGUGGCUGAGCUCCAUCUCGGUCCUCUUGUACAUUGGCGUACGUGGCUUGCUCGUGUUGCGCGAAAAGCGUGGCUACAAGGAUUUCCACCACUCUGCUGUCGUCAAGUAUGAUCAACUCAUUGGAUUCACCGUCCUCGGAUGGGCACUUCACUAUCUCCCCUUCUUCCUCAUGGGGCGUCAGCUCUUCCUUCAUCAUUACUUCCCAGCACUUUAUUUCUCGAUCCUCACGUUUGCAUCGGUCUUUGAUCUCGUGACGUCGACCAUGUCGCCGAGGCGGAGAAUUCAAGUGGCCGCGGUCAUUAUGGCCUUGUCCAUCUGGACGUUUGCGCAUUUCAGCCCGCUUGCGUAUGGAAACCCGUGGACGAAGAAGCAUUGCAUGAGUGCAAAGUGGCUCAAGACAUGGGACUUUUCGUGCUAUGAUUAUCACGAUGAUUACUCGCAGUAUCGCAUUACGACCAGCGCGCCUGCGGGCGAAGUCGUGCAUACGCAUGCCAUUCCUGCCUCCCCGUCUGCAGCGGGCGUCAACCCGGCCGUCAAGCCCGUAGAGAACCUGCCCGAGCCCGAGGUGUUGACGAAAGCAAUUCAAAAGGAAAAGCUUGAACCAGGCCGAGACGUCUUUGAGGCGCAGCCGAUUGACGAUCUGAACGAGCGGCUAAAGGCGAACUUGGCCAUGACGGGUGCCAACGCGCCUGUUGAUCCCAAGGAAAAGGAAAAGCUAAAGGAGCUUGAAAAGUCUAAAGCCGAGGCGAGCAAGAAUGCGCAAAAGGAGGCGGAAGAGUUGGAAGGCAAGGUUGGUCCUUUGUUGCCGUCCGAGUUGGCCAAGGUUGGUGAGCGAGUGGAGAAAAAGGUGUCAUCUGCGGAUACCAAAGUGGAGGAACACAUCGAGGAGAAGCCACUUGGCAAGAUUGGCGAAAAGAGCGAGGCGGGGAGCGUCGAUCCGACGACAGUUCAAUCUGUAGAGAAGAAGGAAGCGACGGACAAGCCCGAGUAG